CUGCAAGAAAACAACAGAUGGAAGCGGCAGCCACAUCACUGAAUCGCCGGAUCAAGUGCCUCUUAGCCCAGAGGAACGAUGUAACAUGUUCGGAGGCGUGUUCCCACACCCCACAGAAUGUCAAGCCUUCUACAACUGUAGUGUCCGGUACACAUGGAUACCCAGAUUCUUUGAACAACAUCUUGUUGAAUGUCCUUACCCCCAGUUGUUCAACACAGAGACCAAAAAAUGUGACCAUUUUGAGAUUGUCAAAUGUGGAACCAGGACGGAAUUUAAGGAUGGCUGUCAAUACAAAACCAAUAUGUGCAAAACUUCCCAUUGUAUGCCUUGUAACGUCAGACUGCCAAGCUGUGAAGGUAAACGUGACGGAAUAAACGUUCACCCAGUCAGACUAUGGACCCCAUUCUACGCCGUAUGUUAUAAGGAGCGCACAGUCAAGCAGGACCGAUGCCAAGCUGACGUCGACGGCCGAGCACAGUUGUUCCAUCCGGAAAAGAACGAAUGCGUUUCAUUGGAUAUGAUUCCUCGAGAACACGGGGGAAUGAUGCCUGAGUGCGGUACGAAAGUAGAUGGGUUUUAUCUAGACGAUUUCGGACGAUGUGAUCGUUACGUUCAUUGCCAGGGAGGGAAAUAUAUUGGCACGAUCAAAUGUGCUGUUGGAGAAGCGUUCGAUGAUUCGAGAGGCGGAUGCGUUCCGGAAGAAAAAGCGUGUGGACCCUGUGGGAAACUCGAACAUUGCUAAACAAGUUGCUUCCAUGGUGGUCGUGGUUAAUACGAUAUAAAGAA